CACCAACAUUCUGUUGUUGAUCGAAAGCAGCAUGUCAAAUCUAUAACGCUUUAUGAACUCAAAAGUUAACCGCUAUUUUUGCUUUCUCAGUAGAAUUAUUUGUACAAAUAUGUCUGAUGCUGAGAAACGCGGUGUAUUGAUUGCACUGGAAGGUUGUGAUCGAGUUGGUAAAACAACACAAUGUAAAAAAAUAGUUGAAUUUCUGAUGAAUUCCGGGCGUAAAGCAAAGUUUAUUAACUUCCCAGAUCGAUCUACGCAGUGCGGUGCCUUGAUUAAUUCUUAUCUGACGAACAAGGACAAUUUCACUGACGAAAUGAUUCAUUUAUUAUUUACGCUCAACCGAUGGGAAGCUAAAACUCAAAUGGAGAAUCUACUCCGGAGUGGAACUUCACUAAUAGUGGACCGUUACUCAUACUCUGGAGUUGCAUUCAGUUCUGCUAAAGGUUUGGAUAUCGGUUGGUGUAAGACCCCUGAAGCAGGAUUGCUGAAACCGGAUCUUGUCAUUUUACUCACUUUGUCGGCAGAAGCUAUGGGAAAACGAGGAGGGUUCGGUAACGAGCGUUAUGAAGUGCCAGAGUUGCAGAAAAAAGUUGAGGAGAAGUUUCAUGCACUGAAAGACGAUAGCUAUUGGAAGGUUGUAGAUGCGGAUCGACCCGAAGAUGAUCUGACAGCUGAACUUAGCAAAAUUGUGCUUAACACGAUAGAUUCGUGCGAAGGUAAAACGUUAAGCGUUUUAUGGUAGGUUCGAUGUUUGUAAAAUGAAUUAUAAUCAUAUCUGAAUGUUUAGGCUAAUUCUUGAAAAUAUAUUUAAUUGGACAAUAAAACUUGUUGCG